UUUACACUGAUUUGGUAUUUUACAAACGCCAGGCUGUUCAGUUGCAUAAUUAUGUUCCUUUACAACCGCUGAAUAGUAUUCUGUGUGUCGCCCAUUGUACUGCCACACAUGGUUGUGCGAAGUAGCGAGUGGCAAGGGGAUACGCGGGCCGUGACUAUUGACUCGGACACCCGCUAUCAAAAUGGAGGGAUACCGGUACUGGUCUUUUGGUUUCCUGCCGAUCUUUGGCUUCUUAGUGUUCGGACUAGGGGAUCUGACAGGACCGUGGACAACUGUAUCAGCAGGUAAAAACACGCAUGAAGAAUCCGCCGCCUCUUCAUCGACGUUGACCUUGAGAUUUUAUCCUCUGGAUUUGGAGGGAGUCCUGACUAUAGUUGCGGUGUCUCUGUGGGGUCUUAUCAUACUCUUCGUGGUCUCGGCGCUCAUUUAUGCCCUGAUACGACGCUGCAUCUCCAUAAGGAAUGAAGCAAAUCCAGGAGAUGGCGACGAUACGAGACAUUUGACCAGCCAAAGACACUCGACAGACGGGAAGAAUGAAGUCUCCACGUACUACGUGUACAUUAACGCCGCGGACGCACCGAAUACCGAAUCGAAUACCGAACCGAAUACCAAUGAAAACGGGAAUCGAAUGUCUAGCACCAUUGAUAUCUCAGUCCAGACGUACGGUGCCAUAUGAUGGAAAUUAAGUUUAUAGGUGUGGUUUCCGAUGCGCUAUUUAGAUAUAUUUAGAUAGCAGUGAAGUUUCUGAGCAAGCAUGAGAUGCCAGUGGUUGGUCCAGGAUAGCUUGGGUGUUAAAUUCCAAAAACAGUUCAAGGGUAAACGGGGAUGAUGAGACGUUACAGGUAGCACAUGAACAAACCAAAAGCCCAAAGCAACGAAACAAGAUUGAUGAUGACGUUAUUUGGGGAUUUCGUUCAAUUUUGUAAAUAAUUAACAUUGGCCAGUCGGGGAGGCUAGGGCAGGGGAGGAGUGCUUAGCCACCCCAAUCCCUCCCUCGGACCCGCCCACAGGAUGGGUGAGCAAAAUUUAUUACCAAAGCUGUGUAAAUAAAUUAAUAACAAAUUGUGGGUGUGUGUGUGUGUGUGUGUGUGUGUUUUGUGAGGGGUGGGGCGACUAGUUCUACCCUGCCGGCCUCGGCGAUGUACACUGGUCCGCAGUAAAUACAGUUUCAGGCUUCAUUUUCUGUUGUAACUCUUGCUCAUUAUGUCAUGUUAAUGUUUAAAUUUCUGCCUCCAUUGUUAAACCCUAAAAUAAUAUAUGUAUAACUUGUAACUGCUUAAAUUAUAUUGUGUUUUUUUUCUACUUGACUUCUGUACAAUUCACCUUAUGGACGGUGUAACGGAUGUCGUCAUCUCUGUGGUCACGUGGUAAUCGCAGGGGGUAGUUCAUUGAAAAGACAUCCCAUCAUGCAAUUGUGUCGCUAUCACUAUGGGAUGUAUGCCUCUGAGGAUACCACGUGACCAACAAAGAGACCAGAUCCUUGAAACUGCCUCUAAACAUUGUAAUUAUGAAUGACAUUUGAAGAAUUUAAUAUUUUGAGUAAUAAUUGAAAAAAUAAUGGACAUUGAUGUUAUCUUGACCUUAACAACACGAAAGAUGUUGCCUGAUAAGAAAAUAUGGUUGCGAGUGAUUUACCUGGCAAUUUUGAAUAUUUCAAAAGAAAUAAAUCUGAAGAUAUUUGGAGGAAAUAUUUUAUAAGGGAUUAACCGUUUAAACUUCUGGCAAACAAAAAUGCUCACAAAGUGUUAAUCCUGAGAUAGUUAUAGCAAUCCUGCAAGUUUAAAGGAACUUUAAUCAAAAUUUGCAAGGGAUUUAAAAAUUAAAUUUUUGUUUUUACAA